AAUCUAUUAUCAAAUAUUUAAUUUUCCUAAUUUUUCUCAAGUUAUAAUAAAAAAAAUGGUUUCAAUUAUGGCUCCAAGCCCGCGCGUGGAAGUCUUGGCCCGAAGCGGGAUUGACACAAUCCCGAAGGAGUACGUAAGGACCGAAGAAGAGCUGAAAAGCAUAGGCGACAUUUUCGCGGAGGAGAAAGUCACCGACGGGCCGCAGCUGCCGGUUAUCGACUUGGCCGGAAUCAGCUCCGACGACGAAGAGACGCGGCUGAAAUGCCACGAGGAGCUGAAGAAGGCGGCGGUCGAGUGGGGGGUGAUGCACCUGGUCAACCAUGGGGUGCCGGAGGAGCUCAUGGAACGGGUCAAGAAUGCGGGCCGGGCCUUUUUCGAGCUGCCCGUGGAGGAGAAGGAGGAGUACGCCAAUGAUCAGGCCGCCGGAAACGUGCAGGGGUACGGCAGCAAGCUGGCGAACAACGCGAGCGGGCAGCUGGAGUGGGAGGACUACUUUUUCCACUGCGUUUUCCCGCCGGAGAAGAGGGAUUUGUCGAUUUGGCCCAAGAAUCCGGCUGAUUAUGUCCCGGCAACAACCGAGUACGCGGAGCAGCUAAGGUCGCUAACCACCAAGAUACUAUCAAUCCUAUCAACCGGGCUCGGAUUAGAACCGGAUAGAUUAGAACAAGAAGCCGGCGGCGCAGAGGAUCUAAUCCUCCAAAUGAAGAUCAACUACUACCCAAAAUGCCCUCAGCCGGAGCUCGCACUCGGAGUCGAAGCCCACACCGACGUGAGCGCGCUCACCUUCAUCCUCCACAACAUGGUCCCCGGCUUGCAGCUCUUCUACGAGGGCAAUUGGGUCACCGCAAAAUGCGUGCCGAAUUCGAUAAUCAUGCACAUCGGCGACACGGUUGAGAUUCUCAGCAAUGGCAAGUACAAGAGUAUUCUACACAGGGGGCUUGUGAACAAGGAGAAGGUGAGGAUUUCUUGGGCGGUUUUCUGCGAGCCGCCCAAGGAGAGGAUUGUUCUCCGGCCGCUGCCGGAGACGGUUUCCGAGGCCGAGCCCCCGCUUUUUCCCCCGAGGACUUUUGCGCAGCAUAUCGAGCAUAAGCUGUUCGGGAAGAGUAGUACUAUUGUGGAGGAUGAUGUUGAUGUUGGUCUUAAGAAAUCAGAUGAUAUAUAAUUCUUGUUAAAUUAGUUAAUUAAUUGCCUGAAUUUUUAUAUA